AUGGCGGGGAUGGCGCUGGCGCGGGCCGGGAAGCACAUGUCCUGGUUCUACGACGAGUACCUGCUUGUCACAGCGCUCUACAUGCUGGAGCCCUGGGAGUGGACCGUGUUCAAUUCCAUGCUGGUUUCUGUUGUGGGGAUGGCCCUGUACACAGGAUGUGUCUUCAUGGCCCAGCACAUCAUGGCGAUAUUGUACUACUUUGAAAUUGUACAGUGAAUGACCAAGAUGGACCGGGAUCGAGAGGUUCCUUGGGGAAGACCUACCCUAUGAAGUUGGAAUGAGACCUCAUCAGAUGUCAUAAGAAACUACUAGAGGUCAACGUAACUAACCUUAUAAAGACUAAAAUU